ACUACACGCUCACAACGGAGCGGUCUGCCUGGCGCAUGGCCACACUGGCCGUUGUCAAAAAAAGAAAUGCAAUUUUCAUUAAAUUGUUAAAUCAAAACUAUUUAAAAUGCAGCGCGACGAGAAACUGUUCGAGCUGACGCUUGAAACGGUCCUGCAGCGCCUGAACGACCUUAAGCUGGCUGUGCUCUCCAUGAUCCAGAAACUAGAGAUGGAGUACGAAACAAUCAACUGGCCAACGUUCCUCGACAACUUUGCUAUAAUAUCUAGCCACCUCACCGGACUGACCAAGAUCCUGGCCAAGGAGCAGUGUCCACCGCUUAGGAAUCGAACCGUACUUCCCCUGCUGGUUUCCAUGGACCGGGAUGAGACCCUUAUCAACAUCACAGAGGGUCGUGUGCCGGUCUUUUCGCAUGACAUUGUUCCAGACUAUCUGAGAACUCGCCCGGAUCCGAUUACAGAGCAAAAGAUGCUGCAGAACGACCAAAAGGCGGCCAACUUAACAAACGAUGCUGCCAUGAAGCAAGUCACCCAAUACAACAAGGUCGUCUCCCACGUCCUGGACAUGGUUAGCAAGGCGCGUGAGGAGUGGGAGAUAGAAAGUUCAUCCCGCACCGGCAUCCAGCAGACGAGCAGCAUGGCCGACACCCAACUACUGGUGGCCGCAGUCGGCAUGGGAAAGGGCUUAAAGCUAACCAACUACGUUCCUGGACCGGGAAUGAUGGUACCGCCAUCGAUACGUGCCCCAUCACCCAUGGGUGGCCCUGCAAUGAGUCCCGGCAACGUACAGCAGCAGCUGGGAAAGGCGCCAUCGGCCGUAAAAACAAACAUUAAGUCCGCCAACCAAGUACACCCGUUUUCUCGAUAGAAAAAAGAUGGUUUAUUGGCUAUAAUCGCAUCCUUCUGGCGGAAUGUGUCGUCAUAAUAAGUUACAUGUCCCUAAUCCUAAGACUAUUAUUAAGCAAACAUAAACGUGAACAAAUUCAAA